AAUAUUUUGCAGGACAUGAACGAACCAGCAAGCUGGUCCGACGGCGACGUUAAUGGUUGUGAAGAUACGCUUAUUAAUAGACCGCCAUACAAACCGUUGGGUAUCAAGAACAACAUUUCAGACUUGACAAUAUGUCCCGAUCAUAUUCAAGAUUACGGUAGACUCUACGACACCCAUAAUCUGUACGGUUGGAGCGAGGCUCGUGGCUCAUUCCAAGCAAUUCAACGGAUCUUUGGUACGAAUCGUACAUUCCAACUGGCUCGGUCAACGUAUCCCGGAUCGGGACAAUGGGCUGCUCAUUGGUUGGGCGACAAUUUUUCAACGUGGGACAAUUUUGCCGCUUCACUCAUUGGUAUCAUGGGUUUCAAUCUGUUCGGCAUUCCACAGUCCGGUGUCGACAUCUGUGGAUUCUACGGUCGUCCCAGUGAAGAAUUGUGCACAAGAUGGUUGCAAGCGGGUGCAUUCUAUCCGUACUCCCGGAAUCACAACGUUCGAUCUGUGUCUAGCCAAGAUCAAGAUCCGGGCAUUUGGUCGGAUGCGUCGAAAAAAUCGACUCGAGAUGCACUGAUGAUUCGGUACACGAUACUGCCCUACAUGUACAAUCUGUUCUACAUUCAUCGGGUUAAGGGAGGAACCGUUAUGCGUGGACUUUGGCAUGAAUUCCCAACAGACUCUACGGCCUUAAGAGUUGACCAACAAUUCUUAAUUGGACCAGCCUUUAUGGUUUCUCCAGUUGUGACUGAAGGAGCUACUUCUGUGAAUGCUUACUUCCCAGCGGGAAGAUGGUACGCAUACCGAACCGGCGAAGAGGUCCAAGUCCCACCCAUCGGCUAUGUCAAUCUGGAUGCUCCAUUUGACUUUAUCAAUUUACACGUUCGAGGCGGAUAUGUACUGCCGACUCAGGAACCUGCACUCAAUACCAUGCUGUCACGACAGAAUCCGUUUGGUCUCAUCGUUGCACUAGACGAUGCUUUCUCUGCAAAAGGUCAAAUGUACUACGACGACGGCAUUACUUACGAAGCGCAAGCGACCGGAGGUUAUUUCUUGUCUAGCAUCACAUACAGUGCGGGCACUUUAGUCCAGACGGUGGUGCAAAAUGGUUAUUCAGAUAUAGGACGGUUGAAUUUGGAGACAGUUCGAGUGCUGGGAAUAAAUGGCACAAUUGACUCCAUUUUGGUUAACGGCGAACCUCACACCGAUUUCGCAAUACUUCCUAGCAAUGAGGUUCUUGUGCAGAAUCUUAGAAUUCCUGUAAAUUCUAGGUAUAACAUAACGUUUGUCAGCACUGCUUCCGACAGUAACGGUGCCAAUGCUCUGAUCGGAUAUGGUGGUAUUUACGGUACACUUUUGUUUAGCUUGUUGUGGAAAUUUACAGGAAUAAAAGUAUGAAAAAUC